GACUAAAUGUAAACAAGUCGGCAAGUGUGAUUAAUCGGUAUUUACGCGGAUUUUAAAACCGAAUUGCCACUUUCUACAGCUGUUACAAUCGUAAAGAUAGUUAUUAACAAAGGUAUGCUUAUUAAAUCGCAUGAUUUAUUGAAAACCAGAUGAAUGAGAUACGAACAGCAUUGGAAAAGGAAGUGAAAAUAGGUGUAUCGUCACAACGAAAACGGACUGAAGAGGCAUUGAGGAGUGGAUCUUGAACUCGUGUGGUAUUUACGUGAGAUAGUUGCAUGAUGAAGAGCAAUAUUCUAGCUUUAGUGCUGAUGGCAGUGGCACUUGGUGAAGUUAUAGCCACCCCACCUGGACACUUGAAGCCCCUGGGAAGUCAUAUGGAUCCCAUUGGUGGGAUCCCAGUCACUGGGAAGUUCCCCUCCCCCUGGGUUUUUCAUGAGGAGUUUGUUAAGAAGAGUCAGCCAUUGGUGAUGAGGAAAGUCUUGGAGAGGGACAAUAUUCCAGCCUACCGACUGUGGACAGAUAAAUAUCUCAGGGAGAAUUUUGGAAAUAUCGAUGUGGAGGUUGAAGUAGGUAAAAAGGAGAACCGGAUGUCUGGGCUGGUGAAAAACAUGACCAUGUCCAAAUUCCUUCAUGUUUAUCAAACUGCAAAUAUCUACCAAGUGUUUGAUCUCACACCAGAAAUGAAAAAGGACUUUAACCUGCCCCUGAGCCUCCAGUGUGGGGGCUUCCAGAAUUUCCUCCAGAUGGUGAUUAUGUGGUUCAGUAGUGGUGGCACCAAGUCCCACCUCCAUCACGACGCUCUGGACAACAUCAACUGUCUCUUUGAUGGAAAGAAAGAACUCAUCCUUAUUGAUAAGAAGUAUCGCCACUUGGUUAUGGAGCAUGGGUGGAACAAUAAAGGAGCUUUCAGCAAUGUGGAUGUAGAGUCAGUGGAUAUGUUUAAGUUUCCACAGCUACAGAAUAUCCCAUACAACAGGAUCACAAUCAACAAAGGGGAUUGUCUAUUUAUACCAUACAAAUGGUUACAUUAUGUUGAUUCCAAACCGGGAAGAAACUUGGCUGUCAAUUUUUGGUUCCAUCAUUUACCUUGGUUUAACAGCUCGGAUCCAGAGUGUGAGGGGUUGGAUCCAUACCAGAAUUCUAGUAUCCCCCUACCUACUCUAAAACAGGCAGAUCCUGAUGCAGAAUUCAAAAUGCUUUUCUUGGAACUGUUUGAGGAUGUCAUGAGUUUCUACAAGAGGUCUUUCAGUGAAUACAUGCAGCGGGAAAUCCCCUCCAUUACACAGGAGGAUGUGGAAAGUCUAAAUCAGGUCUUCUCUAAGAUUGAUAAGGAUGGUAACAAAGUGUUAACCUGGGAUGAAUUAUUUUCAAUGGACAUGAACGCAGCCAUAGAAGAUUUUCCCAAACUGUUUGGCAAGAUAAUCUCCAAUUUAACAGGGGAUGUUAUUUUAUUUGAUGAGAAAGAAGAAGAAAAUAUAGAGUUAUCCACGGAAAAGAAUCCAGAGGAGCUUGUAGUUGAGGAUUCAGAUAGUACACAGGAUGGAGGUCAAAGGUCACAUGAUGACCGACCUUCACCUGUAAAAACUCCUGAUGACCUUGAGAAGGAGAAACUGAUUAAAAUGGCGGAUGAUGGGAAUUUGGUCAUGGAAGAGGAACCAUUAAGGAGUCCUCAUGAGGAACUGUGAUUUUAUAAAGUGUUAGUCUCACUCUAGUAUAAAAUCAUGAUUUUUGUGAUAAAGGCAACUUUUGGUGUCUAAUUGAUGUAUUUUACAGUACAUUCCAAAGCAUUACUCUCUGCAUUCCAGAAUACUAUGCAAAAUGUGAUUUCAAUUUUUUAAUUAAACAUUUUGUACUAGACAGCAUUAUACAGUUAUUGACUGAAUAUGAGGGCAAUAUUUGAUUUGUUGGCCGAAUCAAAGUCUUUAACUUUUAGUUUUAGUAUACCCUUCAUUUAAUUUAAGAUUUAGUCAAUAUACGCUGUAUUAUCAUUAACUUUAUAUCUUAUGGAAAAAUUUGGCUUAAUCAAUAAAGAUAAAACAAUAGCCUAGAAAGAAAAGCUAUUAGAAUUAUUUAUCACAAAAUGGUUUUCUGUUCCAGUCUCUGUCUUCCAAAUACUAGUAGCAACAACUCUUGCAGCUCUAAUCUUUGGCUAUUUUCGUGACGCUGAUAUUGAACGAUGAUUAAUAAUUUGUGAUAUAGCAGUGACGUUGCGGUCUAACAAUUCUUAUGUUGCACUGGCAGGUGGUCAACAGUGAAAUUGUUAGACCAAGUAAUAAACAUUUUAUUUGUUACUUUCUAUUAGUAUUUAAAAGAUAUUUAUAAGGGUAUAAAAAUAUGGUUUGUGUUUAUUUUGAUAAACUUCAUAUGAUUUAUAAAAUAUUCCCAAACAUUCUAUGCAAUUAUAUUUUGUAUUAUGCAUGCUUACUUUGGUGUUAAAAUGUAUUUGUAAGGCAGCACCUUUACAUAUAUGUACAUAAAUUUUACUUGUGGCAUUUUGUUUUUGUAACAUUUAUAAAAAAUAAUUGAGUUAAUGUAAUGGGAAUAU